GAGCAGGAGGGGCGAAGGUACUUCGGAGAGCCAGCUGCACGAUUAUUUUCUUUCCCCUCCCUCUCUCCCGCCCCACAUCUCUCUUCACCCCUCUCCUGCCCUCGCUCGCGCAGCCAUGGCGGAGCCGUCGGCGGCCACUCAGUCCCCGUCUGUCUCCUCGUCGUCCUCCGGGGCCGAGCCUUCGGCGCCCGGCGGCGGGAGCCCGGGAGCCUGCCCCGCCCUGGGGGCGAAGAGCUGCGGCUCCUCCUGUGCGGUGCACGAUCUGAUUUUCUGGCGAGAUGUGAAGAAGACUGGGUUUGUCUUUGGCACUACGCUGAUCAUGCUGCUCUCGCUGGCGGCUUUCAGUGUCAUCAGUGUGGUUUCUUACCUCAUCCUGGCUCUUCUCUCUGUCACCAUCAGCUUCAGGGUCUACAAGUCUGUCAUCCAAGCUGUACAGAAAUCAGAAGAGGGCCAUCCAUUCAAAGCCUACCUGGAUGUAGACAUUACUCUGUCCUCAGAAGCUUUCCAUAAUUACGUGAAUGCUGCCAUGGUGCACAUCAACAGGGCCCUGAAGCUCAUUAUUCGUCUCUUUCUGGUGGAAGACUUGGUUGACUCCUUGAAGCUGGCGGUCUUCAUGUGGCUGAUGACCUAUGUUGGUGCCGUUUUCAAUGGAAUCACCCUUCUGAUUCUUGCUGAACUGCUCAUUUUCAGUGUUCCAAUUGUCUAUGAGAAGUACAAGACCCAGAUCGAUCACUAUGUUGGCAUCGCCCGCGAUCAGACCAAGUCAAUUGUUGAAAAGAUACAAGCAAAACUCCCUGGAAUCGCAAAGAAAAAGGCAGAAUAAGUACAUGGAAACCAGAAAUGCAACAAUUACUAAAACACCACUUAAUAGUUAUAAGGUUAUUACUUGUACUAUGAAGGAACGUGCUCAGUGUCAGCUCGAGCCUGCAUUCCAAGCUUCUUUUUCUUAAUUUGGUGUUUUCUUCCCUCCUUUCCCUUUACCCUCCGUAUCAAGCACAAGAAUUGUUGGACUAAAAAAAAGAACUGAUAUCUUAGGACCCAAAAGAAUAAAGAAAGAAUCUAAUAGGAUAAAUCAGUACCUUAAUGGUGGUGGGGCUUUUACUUGGAGCUUGAAAGGGGAGAGGUUGGAGGUCAAGGAGAAAUAAAAGACAAAGCACUGCUCGGAUUCUGCUAUCCAGCUUUCAAGGACUAGUCUUACGCAACUUCCCGUCAGGGUUUUACCCUUAUUUUUAAGUUAAAAAAUAAUGAUUAACUUAUGAGGAAAUUAUCUGGGGACAAGAGUGGGAUUCCUUCCCCCGGGUCUUUGGCAGCUCUCUGACCCCGUCUUCCUGCCCCACAAUGUGAGCAGCUGCUCCUGACAUUCCUCUUCCUCACGUAAUGAUAGAACUUUCAAGUCUAUGAAUAACCUGUAGGUGAUAGUGCGCAUUCCUGAUUCCCAGAAUGCCGUCUGGUAACCAAGAAUGGAACCCGAAAGUGGGGCUGUAACGGCCCUUGCUCUCCCGCUCAUCCCUAGAGAGGAAAGCUCCCGCCGUUUGGGAGGGUGGUGUCUGUGUUGUUUGUGGUGGGCACCAGUUCUGAGCUUUAGUUUGAGAACUCAUUCCUGAAUGUGCUUUCCUCCCUCCUCCCUGCCCACCUCACCUCGAGUUUAAUAAAUAUGGUUGUACUUUUCUUAUUAUGAAAUAAAUGUCUGUAACUGCUGUACACUGCUGUAAACUUGUUAGAGAAAAAAAAAUAAUCUGCAUGUGGGCUCCUCAGGUGUUGAGUUAUUGUAAUCCUAUCUCAGUCCGUGGGGGGGAAACAUUCUCAAGAGGUGAAUACAGAAACAAAGGGCCUUUUUUGCUUUUAUCUUUUCUCUGCAGCUUCCUCCUUCCCGCGCUACAUCCUUAACCUGUGCUCCUCAUCUUACCCUAAGCACCAAAGCCAAGCUGUCUUGAGAGGGGCUUGUGUGUGGUGGAGGGGCCGCAGGGCAGUGUAAGGAAGUGCGUUCUGUGGUUCACAGGGAGCUUUGACUUUGAGGCCCACUCGCAGGCAUGCGUUACCCUUUGAGGGCUCCUGUGUCUUCAGGCGCCUUAAAUGUUGUAUCGCGCCCCUGCGUGGCCCAGGGUGCUCCUUUGGAGAGCGCUUUCCCCGAAGCUGUAGGUCAGGGCCACCGCGCAGGGCCAGCUUGUGCUGCCGGGCUCCGUGCACAAUUGGAAGCUAACGGAACAACCCAGACCGACGUCAGAGGGAGGGCGAUCAGGAAUCUUGAUUCCUGUUGAGACCGAUCUGUGUCUUUGUCCCCUUCCAACGUGAAAAUUCAGUCAGCUUGGAAGAAAAGUCAUCUGAAUUCCUUCAGGUUGUAAACUCCUAGUCAUGAGGGAAUGUGCGCUGGUGACUUUAAAAUAAGGGCUCGUGUUUGAUGGUCCCAAAGCAGUGCAACUCUGUAGAAGGUAGUGGAAAUUUUCUUUCUACUGUUUUAGAGAAGUUACUUCAGCAUUUAGAUGGGUAAAAGGUACCCUUGCCUUACUCCAUUUUCCUAUUUUCUCAGCCCUCUUUCCUUUUGAGUUUUUAAGCUGAGUUCAUGUCGGAGUCGGAAACAUGUUCUCUGCAUCCUACCUUAUGCCCUCCCAGGAAGUCAGUGCACUGAUCAGCUUUUUGGGCUUCCCCUCCAAAGGACCCUUUUCUGCACUGGAAGCCCCCACACCUAGAUCCUCUGUUUUGUUACUGCUGUGUUUAGGUGAUUGGACAGAUCUUUGUGCCACACAGGAAUUUUCUUUUCUUUUUUUUUUUUUUUAAAGAAAAA